AGCUGGGCUGGGGCCCAGCAGGUGUGGGGUUAAGGCAGCCUGUUCCGGGCCCCUGGAACAGCAGCGGCGGCAGCAACUGCACCAGCAGCGGCCGUGGCAGGCCUGGCCCCGGGCCAGUUGGCCGGGAGCCCCAGGAGCGAGAGAGGGCGGAGGAAGGGGAGGAAGAGGGGAAAGAGGAGGAGGAGGAGGAGAGGAGCAGUCAGCAGGCCCGAGGAGGCAGGACUUCCUGGUGUGGGGGUUGUCAACAGCCCAGAAAGAGAGACUGAGAGGAGCGGAGGAGCGGAGAGAGACCCAGCGGUGCCACGCGGGAGGAGGCUUGGGAGAGCCGCUCGCCGCGACCACCGAGGCGGCUCCACCUGGAGGAUUGGGAGGCUGAGCCGCCCCCUCCCGCGCCCGUCCGCAGACCUUCGGGGGCUUAAGAGGCAGCGCCUGGGCUCCGCCAAGGAGGCGGGGGUUCCUUCUUUUCUGGACAGCAAACUUUCCGCGGAGAUGCCUUGUGGGGCGAGGUGCGGCUCCCAAAGAGGGCUGGACAGCCUCUGAUCGCCGCCUGCGCCCCUCCAGCCCCAGCAGCUGGGGCCAGGAGGCCCCAGGGAAAGAACAGCCCAACAGCUUAGGUGGCUGGGACCCCCGGCCCAGCUGGGUGGCCGCGGCCGAGAGUUUGCAAACUCAGCUCUGGAGUUCGGCAGCAACAGCAGCAGGAAAAACCUGCCCCUGCCCCCCCUACUCCCGCCACCUCCCCUACCCUCUUCUCCCUUCACCAACCAGGCACCCCCAGUUCCCGCCAGGCCCUUCUGCCAUGUUGGACCCAGACGUCGCCAGGGGCCCUGAUGUCCCCGCCAUGUGGCCCCCCUGUUCCAGGGGCGCCUGAGCCCCUCGAAGAGCCAUCACCGCCCCCCUGCCCACCUUGGCCCAGUCCUGAGCCCCAGGGACCAUGAGUGGGGGCAAGAAGAAGAGUAGUUUCCAAAUCACCAGCGUCACCACGGACUAUGAGGGUCCAGGGAGCCCAGGGGCUUCAGAUCCCCCUGCCCUGCCAGGCCCCACCGGGCUCCAGCCCCGCCUGCCCAAUGGAGAGCCCAACCCUGAGCCAGGGGGCAAAGGCACCCCCCGGAACGGCUCCCCACCGCCUGGGGCCCCCGCCUCCCGUUUCCGGGUGGUGAAGCUGCCCCAAGGCCUGGGAGAGCCUUAUCGCCGGGGCCGCUGGACAUGUGUGGAUGUUUACGAGAGAGACCUGGAGCCCCCUAGCUUCGGCCGGCUCCUGGAGGGAAUUCGAGGGGCCUCAGGGGGCACCGGGGGCAGAUCUUUGGAUUCCAGGUUGGAGCUGGCCAGCUUGGGCCUGGGCACCCCUAUCCCACAGCCAGGCCUGUCUCAGGGCCCCACCUCCUGGCUCCGCCCGCCGCCCACCUCCCCUGGACCUCAGGCCCGCUCCUUCACCGGGGGUCUGGGCCAACUGGCAGUGCCUGGCAAGGCCAAGGUGGAGACACCCCCUCUGUCGGCCUCCCCACCCCAGCAGCGCCCCCCAGAGCCCGGGACAGGGGAUAGCACGGGCACUUCCCAGGCCGCCACACCCCUGCCCUCAUUGAGGGUAGAAGUGGAGGCAGGGGGCUCAACAGCGGGAACCCCUCCACUGUCCCGUGCAAAGGAUGGAGCCUUGCGGCUGAGGAUGGAGUUGGUUGCUCCGGAGGAGAUGGGGCAGGUGCCCCCACUCGACUCUCGCCCCAGCUCCCCUGCCCUCUACUUCUUCCCUGAUGCCAGUCUGGUUCACAAGUCUCCAGACCCCUUUGGAGCAGCGGCUGCCCAGAGCCUCAGCCUCGCCCGCUCCAUGCUGGCCAUCAGUGGCCACCUGGACAGCGAUGAUGAUAGUGGCUCCGGAAGCCUGGUUGGCAUUGACAACAAGAUCGAACAAGCCAUGGAUUUGGUGAAGUCCCACCUCAUGUUUGCGGUCCGGGAGGAGGUGGAGGUGCUGAAGGAGCAGAUCCGGGACCUGGCUGAGCGGAAUGCCGCGCUGGAGCAGGAGAAUGGACUGCUGCGUGCCUUAGCCAGCCCCGAGCAGCUGGCCCAGCUGCCUUCCUCCGGGGUUCUGCGGCUUGGGCCCCCGGCACCCAACGGGCCCUCCGUCUGAGCCUCCCUUCCCUCACAAUGUGCCUUUGGGGGCUGCCACAGCUGCUGGGCCCUGCGCCAGCUGCCUGCCCCCUCUUCCUAUGCAGCUUUAAUGCCCCCGAUCCCCAGGGAUGGGAGUUGAAGGCUCAGAGGUGGCCUGCCCCCCACCCUUCCUUGAUCUCCCAAUAGUGCCCAGGGACUGGGUUGGGACAUCCCCGGGCAUCGACAGAGGAAGGAGGGCAUCAGGACGGGGUGUUAGAUGGAGCCCUCCUUCCUCCCUCCCUAGGUGUCAGUGCUCUGGGACCCCUGGCAGUAGAUGGCUUGAGGGAGUUGGAGGCUCCCUGGCAGACACCCCAUCCCCACCUUGUUCCCUUGAGUGCCCCCCUCUCCUCUGAGGGGAGGGAGUAUGGACAGUGUCUGGAAGUUCUGGGAUUCAGGUUGUUAUUAAAAUAAUAAUUAUAAUUAAAAAAUCCGAAGAAACUUGAA